CUCUCUCUCUCUCUCUCUCUCUCUCUCUAGAAGCUAAAUGUGGCUUGGCUGAUCGACUGUAACUUCAUCUCUCUCACUCACUUUGAGCUAGGUCUGCCUCAUCAAGUGUUGCUUUCUCUCUCUAAGCUAAGUCUCUCUCUCUCUCUCUCUCUCUAUCUCUUCUCUGUAUUUCUGGCUGAGUAAGAAUAUCUUUCCCUUUCUCUGCAACUUUCUCUCUCUAAGCUAAAGAUCCUAUUUUGCUCUCUCCCUCCCUCUGUCUAAUAAUCUCUGAUAUCUCUGGCUCAGCAGUAAUCUCUUUCCGUUUCUCUGCAACUCUCUCUCUCUCCGAGCCGAGCCGAGAAUAUCCUAUUGCUCUCUCUCUUUUCCCCGUCUAAUAAUCUCUGUAUUUCUGGCUGGGCAAUUUUCUCUUCCCCUGUCUCUGCAACUCUCUCUAUAAGCUAAAGAUCCCAGUUUGAUAGCUCUCUUUCUCUAUUUACUAAUCACUCUGUCUCUGGCUAACUAUUUCUUUAUCCCUUUCCCUUUCUCCGCAACUUUUCUCUCUCUAAGCUAAAGAUCCUAAAUUUGUUCUCUCUUGCUUUCUCUGUCUACUAAUCUUUGUAUCUCUGCCUUAGCAAUUGACUCUCUCUUUCUGAGCUAAAAAUUCGUAUUUCGGUCUCUAAUAACUCUGUAAUCAUCUCUUUCUCUGUGACUCUCUCUUUCGGCUAAAAGAUUACUAUUUUGGUUUUGGUCUCGACUUUUUCUCUCUUAAGUUAAAUCCGGGUUUUGCUGCCUCUUUCUCUUUCUAGGAGUCUCUCUUUAUCUCUGGCUGAGCAAUUGUCUCUUUCUCUGCGAAUUUGUCUCCCCCUCCUUAAACUGAUUCCUGAUUUCUCUCUCUUCCUCUCUCUUAUCUCUCUCCCACACUCUGUCUGAAAUCAGGGAUAAGAGCUAGGGACAAGAGCGAGAAAGCUCCAAAUUCAUUUGAUUUUGUUGAGAAAUGACAGAGUGUGAGAGGGGGUUGGUGGUUUUGACUUUGUAUGAUAGUUUUGAACGGGAAAGAAGCAAGAGACAGAAAGUUCGCUGAAAGUGAAGGCUUUUCCCUUCGAUCUUGCUAGAGAAAAGUUUAGAGAAAAUCAUGAAUCAGAGCAAUCAAACAUGGUCUUUUGAUGUUGUUUUUAGGUGAUUUCAGAGUAAAUCUCUGAACAUAGAGAAAGAUUGAGGAAUCCUUUUGGCGCUUUGUUUCUUGGAGCUAUUGUGCGUUGUUACACUUGACUUGGAAUUCGAAAAGUAUCCAGUGCUUCGUGUUUUGAACUGAGAAAUCUUAGUGAGAAAAUGGUGAUAUAUGGAAGUAAAGAUGACAAGAAGAAGCUGGUGAUCACACAAAUCAGUAUAGCGGGUUUCGAUGAGGGAACUUCAGCACAACAGCUUGUAGAGUAUUUAGAAGGCGCAGUCGGGUCAAUAAUUAGAUGCAAACUGAAGCGGUCGUUGACACCACCCAAUUCCUAUCCCGAUUAUAAAAUCGAUGCUUCACAAGUCAGAAGAACUAUUGAGGUUACGAGGGUCAUUCCACAUGCAUUCGUGCAUUUUGCAAUACCUAAGUGUGCAGAGAGGGCUCAAACUUUGUCAGGUAAAUGUGCACUAAUUUUGGGUUCAUCCCCUUUGAAAGCUCACGUUGGGAUGAACAGCUCAUUUCGCGUGGCAAGGAGAAAGACCACUCCUCCUAAUGUAUUCAAAAAUUGCAAGGUUCAAAUUGGGUCUUUGUUUAGUGAGUCCGAGUUUUUGGUUGGUUGGGAGGGGCCCGAUUUAGGGGUAAACUUUCAUGUGGAUCCGUAUGAUGGAACUUGUGGGAUUUGUUUCCCUAGGGACAUCGUUUUCUCGGUCAAAGACACAAACCACAAAGCUGUGAUCAAAUGUGAUUUGAAGUUGGAGUUCCCAGUCCGAGAUAUUCAGUGGGUGCAUUUUUUUGAAGAGCAAACUUCUUUGGGGAUGCUCAUGCAGUUGAGUUCAUCACCUUUAAUUUAUUACAGGACAGAUAACGAUGACACCCAUGUCACUGUUCCUUUCCCUUUGUUGGAUGAUGAGGACCCAUGGAUAAGGACCACUGAUUUCAGUGUUAAUGGUGCGUUGGGUCGGUGCCAUUGUUAUAAAAUCUCGUUCUCUCCUCGUCAUGGACUUAUAAGGGAGAAGGCCAGGGACUACUUUAGGGAGUGUAGGAUCUUGGAGCAUGAAGUUUUGCAAAAAGACCUUGGAUCUCUGGGUUAUCCUCCUAAAGUUACCACUGAGCAUGGAUUCAUGGAACAGAUGCGUGAUCAUUUUUUUUCAGUAAAUAUUCAGCAGGGACUAUGCUUCGAGAUAGUGUACUUGGUUACUUGCUUAGUGCACAAGGGCAUUAUAAAUCAGCAUAGGUUGUGCAAGGAAUUUUUUGACUUGUUGAGGAGCCAAUCUUCCGAAGUUAACACUGCAGCCCUAAGGCACAUGUACUCUUGUCGCCGCCCAGUUUUUGAUGCGUAUAGGAAGUUGGAGACUGUCCAUGAAUGGCUCUUGAAGAAUCCAAGGCUCCUGAAGGAAACCCAUAUUCCCGAAGAGAGUGUAGAGGUGAGGAGGUUGAUGAUUACCCCAACUGGAGCUCAGUGUCUUCCUCCUCAGGUCGAGCUCUCUAACCGGGUCCUUAGGAAUUAUAGAGAAAUAUCGGACCGGUUUAUUAGGGUCACAUUUACAGAUGAAGGGCUCCAAACUCUGAAUUCUGGUGUUCUUUCUAUCUACACUGCUCCCAUUGUCAAGGAUUUCUCUCAUAUUAAACCUUCACAAAAGACGACAAUAUUCAGGAGGGUGAGAAGUAUUGCUUUUGAUGGUUUUAAUCUAUGUGGGCGUAGGUAUUCAUUUCUAGCAUUCUCAUCAAACCAAUUGAGGGACCGGUCAGCGUGGUUUUUUGCUGAUACUGAGAAGACGACUGCCGACUCAAUUAGGUCGUGGAUGGGUAAGUUCACGGAUAAGAAUGUUGCUAAGUGUGCAGCAAGGAUGGGAAUGUGCUUUUCCUCGACUUAUGCCACAGUUGAAGUUGAUCAGAAGGAUGUGAACUUUAAGCUCGCAGAGAUAGAAAGAAAUGGAUAUGUUUUCUCCGAUGGGAUAGGGAAGAUCACACCAGAGCUCGCAACCCAAGUUGCGAGCAAGUUGAAGCUCUCUGAAAACCCUCCUUGUGCUUACCAAGUCAGGUAUGCAGGCUGCAAGGGUGUCAUUGUGACUUGGCCUGGUGAUGGGAAGGCCAAACUCUCGAUAAGACCAAGUAUGGUCAAAUUCCAAUCAAAGCACAGCAUACUUGAGGUUAUUACUUGGACCCGUUUCCAACCUGGAUACCUAAAUAGGCAGAUAAUAACCCUUCUUUCAACCUUGAAGGUACCUAAUGAAGCUUUCUUGGAGUUGCAAGAUUCAAUGGUGUCUGAUUUGAGCCAAAUACUCGUGAACACUGAGGUGGCACACAAGGUGGUGACUAAUUCUUGUGGGGAGCAAGCCAAUACAGCUGCAAUUAUGUUGAGUGCUGGAUUCACACCCCAAACUGAACCCCACCUUAGAGAGAUGCUGUCAUGCAUUCGAGCUGCUCAGUUAGGUGACUUACUUGCAAAAGCAAGGAUAUUUAAUCCUGAUGGUCGGUGGUUGAUGGGAUGUUUGGAUGAGUUAGGUGAACUAGAGCAUGGGCAGUGCUUUAUCCAAGUCUCGAGCCCUUCUUUGGAGAAUUGUUUCAUUAAACAUGGUAAGAGUUUCUCUAAGAGGAAACACAAUGUGAAGGUAAUCACAGGAACUGUUGUUAUUGCCAAGAACCCUUGCCUCCACCCUGGGGAAAUUCGGGUUCUUGAAGCAGUUGAUGUACCUGGGUUGCACCAUUUAGUUGAUUGUUUGGUUUUCCCUCAAAAGGGGGAUAGACCGCAUACCAACGAGGCAUCAGGAAGUGAUCUAGAUGGAGAUACUUACUUUGUCACUUGGAACGAAAAGCUUGUGCCUCCAAGUGGCAAGAGUUGGGCUGCGAUGGAAUAUGAUUCUGGAAAAGCCAAAUUUGCACCACGGGAAGUGUCGUCUCGGGAUAUAAUUGAAUUCUUCAUGAAGCAUAUGGUGAGUGAUAGCAUUGGGCAGAUAAGCAAUGCUCAUGUGGUGCAUGCAGACCUAAGUAAGGACGGGGCGCUAGAUGAGAAUUGCCUUUACUUGGCAGAGCUAGCUGCAAUAGCCGUAGAUGUGCCCAAAACCGGUAAGCAAGUCUUCUUGCCCAAUAACCUUAAACCCAAGAUGUACCCUGACUUCAUGGAGAAGGAUGGAAUUUUCUCAUACAAAUCGGAGAAAAUCCUUGGAAUCCUCUAUCAAAAGAUAAAGGAUGCUCCUCAACUGAAGUUCGACGAAAUAGAGCCUCACUCCCUAGAUGACCUCCCCUAUGACUUGGACCUCGAGGUGCCAGGCUCUGAGAACUUCCUGUCAGAGGCUUGGCAUUAUAAAUGUUUAUACGAUAGGCAGAUCAUUCUUUUCCUUGGGCUGUAUAAUGUGAGCUCUGAGGGUGAGGUGGUUACAGGUUGUUACUCCUCUAUCUCUAAACAUAACAGUCGGAAGGUGGGCGAAUUAAAAGAGAAGCUGAAUAACACGUAUAGGGCUUUGAAUAAGGAGUUCAAAGCCAUCUUUGAAAAUGUUGGCUCAGAUGUCGAGCUGAGUGAUGAGGAGAAGAAUGCCUUCUAUGAAAAGAAGGCUUCAGCUUGGUACCAAGUGACCUACCACCCUGAGUGGGUUAAGAAGCUUGAGGAGAUAAGAGAAAGGAAGGGCAUGGCGGAGAAGUCAGGUAGGGAAUUGGCCACCCCAUUGAGCUUUCCAUGGAUUGCUGUAGAUUAUUUGAUGAGGAUAAAGAUUAAGGUGGCUAAGAGGGAGUUUGAUCCAACAAAACCCAUCGACUCUCUUGCCUGUUAUUUGCUCCCUCACAUUUGAAUUUGGGCACUUUCUUUGGAUUUCCUUAGGAAGGCCACUCUGCCACUUACUUCUGUUGUAUGUUGGGGCUCUCUCUCUCUCUCUCUCGCGACUGUGUUGAUAUGGUGAGCCUAGAUCCAUGAGGAAUCUUGUGAAUCUGAUGACUAUGCAGCUGGUCUCUCUCUAAUAUCAGCUCUCUGAUCAUGCGGUUGUCACUCUAUAUUGGUGUGUUGUGUGCCUACUGUAUGUGUAAAAGGAGGUUGUCACUCUAUAUUGGUGUAUUAUGUGUGUUGUGUGCCUACUGUAUGUGUAAAAGGAGGUUCGCUCUAUAUUGGUGUAUUAUGUGUGUUGUGUGCCUACUGUAUGUGUAAAAGGAGAACCUGGUUGUAUUUAUAUUUUGGAAGAACCACCACUGUUUGUAUAUGUAAAAGAUAUGAUAAUGUGGCUUUUGUGAUUUUGUUGGA